GGAGGCCCGGCCCGGCCCGGCCCGGCCCGGCCCGGGGAGACGGCGGCGGGGGCAGCCCGGCUCCGCGGCGAGCAGGGGCCGGCACAGGGCGCAGCCCCGGCGGCACCCCCCGGCACAAGUGCCAAGCGGCGCCCCGGGGCCGCGCUGGCUCCUGCGCGCCUCGCCCCUUGCCUCCCCGCUCCCGGGACGACCUUUUUGGGAGGGAGGGGGUUACCUUUUCUUAGCAAAGUCCCGUCCCUUGCCAGGGCAACUUUCUACGUGCCUGUGCCUGAGAAGCAACUAGUUGCACUCGCUGAAGUACGAGGAGUGUUGGGCUUCUCCCGUACCAGCCUCCUCCUCCACCUACCCCCCCCCCCCCACCCUCCGCCCCGAGUCUCCCCUCCCGUUUUGCUCCGAGUUGCGCUUUAUUUGUGUGUGGAGAAAGGGGGGCGGCGGGGGGGGACACGACUUGUAGAGGGGAUGUCCUGUUUUUGCCAGAGGAACAGUGCAAAAGGGGAACCUCGGCUCGGAGAAGGGACGAGAAUAAAUAAAUAAGGAGCAGCCCUAAAAUAAAGGUAGCGGCAUAUCCCGGCAGCAAGAAGACUACUGAGCUGUAAAUUGAAGGGAAGAUAAUUUCUGCUUGUGGGGGAAAAGAAAGGUCAAUAACCUCCAUGGAAGACUCUCAGGAUCUAAGUGAACAGUCAGUAAAGAAACCGUGUCCAGAGUCAGAUGGUUCAGAGCCGCAGAAUCCCAGGUCUAUGGAAAUGCAAGAUCUAGCCAGUCCUCAUAAUCUUGUUGGAAGUAAUGAUGCGCCGGGUAGUUCCAAACUGGAUAAACCUAAUCUCAGUAGCACAUCAGUUACAACAAAUGGAACAGGAGGAGACAACAUGACUGUGUUAAACACUGCAGACUGGUUGCUGAGUUGCAGUACUCCCUCUUCUGCAACAAUGUCUCUUCUUGCAGUCAAAACAGAACCCAUGAACAGCAGUGAAACAACAACUACAACUGGAGAUGGAUCGCUUGACACUUUUACUGGGUCAGUAAUAACAAGUAGUGGCUACAGCCCAAGAUCAGCGCACCAGUACUCUCCACAGAUAUAUCCCUCCAAGCCCUAUCCACACAUUCUUUCUACACCAGCAGCUCAAACAAUGUCUGCCUAUGCCGGACAAACCCAGUAUUCAGGAAUGCAGCAACCAGCGGUCUAUACAGCCUACUCACAGACAGGACAGCCGUACAGCUUACCCACUUACGAUUUGGGUGUAAUGUUGCCAGGCAUCAAGACGGAAAGUGGGCUCUCGCAGACCCAAUCACCACUGCAGAGUGGGUGCCUCAGUUACAGCCCAGGGUUUUCCACCCCACAGCCCGGCCAAACACCCUACUCUUAUCAGAUGCCAGGUUCUAGUUUUACACCAUCAUCCACUAUUUAUGCAAACAAUUCUGUUUCAAAUUCUACAAACUUCAGUAGUUCACAACAGGAUUAUCCAUCAUACACAGCUUUUGGCCAAAAUCAAUAUGCACAGUAUUACUCAGCAUCAACAUAUGGUGCAUAUAUGACCUCAAACAACACGGCUGAUGGCACUUCUUCAUCAUCAUCAACCUACCAGUUACAGGACUCUCUCCCUGGCCUGACUAGUCAACCAGGUACAGAUCUACAUUCAGGGGAGUUUGACACAGUGCAGAGCCCCUCUACGCCAAUCAAAGAUCUUGAUGAGAGAACAUGUAGGAGUUCUGGGUCAAAGUCUCGGGGUAGAGGGCGGAAGAAUAAUCCAUCACCCCCUCCGGACAGUGACUUGGAGCGUGUAUUUGUUUGGGAUUUGGAUGAAACAAUCAUAGUUUUCCAUUCGCUGCUUACAGGAUCCUAUGCACAGAAGUACGGCAAGGAUCCACCAAUGGCUGUGACACUUGGACUGCGAAUGGAAGAAAUGAUUUUUAAUCUUGCUGACACACAUUUAUUUUUUAAUGAUUUAGAGGAGUGUGAUCAAGUUCAUAUAGAUGAUGUUUCUUCUGAUGAUAAUGGACAAGACCUAAGUACCUACAGUUUUGCAACUGAUGGCUUCCAUGCAGCUGCAAGUAGUGCAAACCUUUGUCUGCCAACAGGUGUAAGAGGAGGGGUUGACUGGAUGAGGAAGCUGGCUUUCCGUUACAGAAGAGUAAAAGAGUUGUAUAAUACUUACAAGAACAACAUAGGAGGACUCCUGGGUCCUGCUAAAAGAGAUGCAUGGUUGCAAUUAAGAGCAGAAAUUGAAGCUCUGACAGACUCCUGGCUAACAAAUGCACUUAAAUCAUUAUCAAUUAUCAGCACAAGGAGUAACUGUGUAAACGUGUUGGUAACAACAACCCAGCUUAUCCCAGCACUUGCAAAAGUUCUGCUAUACAGCUUAGGAGGAGCUUUUCCUAUUGAAAAUAUUUACAGUGCAACCAAAAUAGGCAAAGAGAGCUGUUUUGAGCGUAUAGUGUCCAGAUUUGGCACUAACAUAACUUAUGUUGUGAUUGGAGAUGGCCGAGAUGAGGAACAUGCAGCUAAUCAGCACAACAUGCCUUUCUGGAGGAUAUCCAGUCAUUCGGACCUCUUGGCUCUCCAUCAAGCACUGGAACUAGAGUAUUUGUAACUGUGUUCUGAAGUUGGCGAUCCUUUUUUUUUUUAUAUAUAUAUAUAUUUCAAGUACACUGAAUUUUUAUGUGUGAUUCAAUGCCUCUGGCUUUACACAUAUGAAUUGUCUUAAGAAGGGAAGAAAUAUUUGGAAUUAAAAAUUCCAAAUUGAAGAAUUCAGAUUGCUGAAUGAAGUUGAAACAUUAGUGCUACGUAAGGAAGCUCUAUGGUCUUAUAUAUGCAACGUUUUUAAAUGAAUUAAAACUGUGGAGGUUGCUGGUACACACCAAGUGAGCCCUGACAGGAGUGAACAAAGGACUCGAACUGGCAAAGCACCAACACGCGUUUUCCAGCCGACAAGGUGGUGUUCAACAACAUUCCUCAAAGUGGGAUAUAUUCUCAGCACUGAGGUUUGAACCAGACUUUAGCCUACCUAACCCAGAAAAUCUGAAUUGGAAUGCACUCAGACUGUAUAAUGACAAUCCUGUCUAGACCUGUAAUUUGUGUAAAUUAUUGAUGAAAAUAAUUUACUGUGACUUUAUUAGCAGCUGAUUUUGGAAGUGGAUGCAAUUUUUCUUUCUUUUUUGGGGGGCAGGGGAGGGAGAGGGUUAUAUAAUAUUGUCUCUUUUAUAAGUUUGGCAAACAGAAUGUGCAUAAUGAUAUGUUGUGCCUUAAAGAGAAGACUGUGUUAGUGUGUUAUAAUGUAAUUUUGGUUAAAAACUAUGUAGAUAAACAAAAAAACCUUUGUGAUAAUUUUUGACAUGACCAAAUUUGAAAUUCAAAGAAAUCAAAGAGCAGGGCUGCACCAAAGCAUUUACGUAUUUGUUGCAGUAAGAAAAAAUAAUAAAGGAAAGUUUGUGUUUUUAUUUGGAUUCUGAAUAAUUCCACUGAUUGUUUGAGGAAAGUUAAGAGUAUGUUGGGAGGUUGAUACUGGGGACCGCUACCUAGAAAGCUAAAAAAAAAGUGUUUAAUACCUUCAGCAUAAUUUCUUGAUUAUCUGACAAGAGAACUAAGAGCCAUAUUCAUGAACUACUUAGUCUACUGAAAGCCAUACAGUGAGUGCAUCUGCUGUGUAUAAAAGAACAAAAUUCCACCCAGUAGACCAAGUGGGCAGGUGAUAUUACUGGAAGGUGAAAAUGCGGAGUUAAGCCCAGAUGAGGAAUAAAACAGAAGUUCGUUAGGAAUCAAAAAUUACUAAAGAAUCUCUCACCAGUCAGAUGCACAAAUGCUGCUACAUUUAGCAUAUUCAGGAUCAACACAAGCCGCUGAAAUUGCUGGCAUGGUAACAUUGGCCAUUUCAGGAGCACAGUCCACUUUGGUAAACAUAACAGCAUUUUGGUAGCUUUCCCAUUCUGUUCCACAUUUAUGUACCUUCUGUUUUGAGUCAACGUGAUUUUUCUCAUCCAUUUUUGAUUGCACAACAAUAUUACACAGGAACAACCCUAAAUGUUUUUGAAUCAGAAGUUUCAAUAGCAUGUCAGGCAUCUGGGGAGAGGAUAAGGAAGGGAUUUUUAUGAAGAAAUUUUGAGAAAUAUAUUACCUUAAUUUUCAUCAUUUCUAUUAAAAAUUACAGUCCAUACAGUGAUAAUUACCUUGCAAGUUUUGAACAUGCUACCUUUCAGCUUUGGAAAAUGAGCAAGGUCCAUAUUGCACACAGGGUCCCUAGCGCUCCACAUGCAGCUCGAGCACUCCGAAACAACAGCAAGUGGUUCAUCUCUCAUGGCAGAAGAGGGAAACUGCUCUUUUGAUUUUUAACUCUGUACGCGGAGACACCUGAGGUUGCCUGUGCUCUGACUGCGUGAAGAGGUGUGUGCGAGAGAAGAUGUCAAAUGUAAACUCCAGGAUGCCUACACAAGCACACUAGUUAGCACCGAGGUGAAGACCUUCCCUCUCUGUGCUCUGAAGCCACCAUAUGUCUAGUUACCAGGAAGUAACUUUGUUGAUUUAAACUUUGUAGGUUAUAUGAAAGUUAGUUGGUAGGUGAAAGCCUGGAGCCACUAAAAGUCCAAGGCAAAACUCCUCUAUAAAUUCAUAAAAAUGGGAUUUCUUUGCUGUGUUGGAAUUUGAUAUACAAGUCACCACACAACAAACUAAUGAUAAUUUGUUAUCACCGGGCACUUUAAAGCCAUCACAUGAAACUUUCCACAUAUGAAAUCUUUAUACAGUAGCUAUUUGGGUGAUAGAUUUGUGUGUCCAAAAAUUAAAAUUGAUGCAUACCUUCUUUAUAUUUGCAGUACCUGUCUAGUCAAAUUUGGCCCGGAAGUAAAUUUUUCAUAAAAAGCUGUAGUACCAGCUUUAUGUAGUUUUUCAGGUGGGGAAAAAAGUGUUUCUACUGGAAUAGGAAAAAAGUUCAAAGCAAGCCCUUCUCAAGUUUCUGCAUCAUAACAUUGCAUGAGAAUCUCAACGUAAAAGUCUUUAUAAAAAAAAUUGGUAAGGUGAACUAGCUUCUUUUUCUUUUUUUUUUUUUUUUUGGACAAGUCAUAGUGUUAUUUAAAUGCAUGAAACAAUAUUAUUUCUCAAGUUAUUUGUUCAGCUUUUCAGUGUUCUUUUCCUAAUCAGAUGUAAGAACAAAACAGCCCAGCAACAACCGUCGGUUCUUAUAAAAAGUUUGCAAUGCCUUCAUUGGAGUUGCACUUAGCUCUCUGUGACAGGUAUGGCUCAAUUAAUAUACUGGAUUCUAGAGAGGAGAUGGAGGCAAAAGGAGGGAAGAUUUACAGAGCAUGACAAAGUUCUCAUUUUAACUUGGAUUCUGUGUGCUACCAUAGCAGAAGUUAAUUAUAAAAAUAAAUUAUCCACAAAAAUGUACAUCCAAAGAAAUUUCAAGGAUUUAGCUCAAAAGCCUUUGCAAUACUAAAAUUCUAAAACAGAAUUUCAGAGCACAAAUACUCUCUUGCUGAGCAAAAAUUGUUAUAUAUCUUUAAAUAAAAGUGUGUCAAACAUGCCUGCCUCAAAGAGAGAAAUUACUCUAAUACAUUUUCCCACAUGAACAAUACAGAGGAGAAAAUAACCAAGGCAGACAAAUAGUCAUGCCAGAUGGUUCCAGAUGGGCCUAAGUAGAUUAAACUGAAGGCUGGUCGUUUUGAUGUUGAGUGCAUUUUAAUUCAACAGCAUAUUAAUCAGAGACUGCCUUCCCUUCAGCCUCUCCUCAACAACCAAGAUUGAGCACAAAGUCAUGUUUGCAAGUAUUUUGGGCAAAUGAAGUAUAGAAUAUAAUGCCUUUUGCUGAUACUCCAGCAGUUCUCAGUCAGUACAGAACCUGAACGUUCAUUAGUCGUUUGAGUAGUCGGCUUGCAGAAUACAAAUACCGUGUGAUUGCAGUCACAAGAUAGUAUCUUAAAUAGAUAUAACUCUGUGCAGUUCAGUAUAUCAGUAAAAGAGGACAGGAAAAACUAAAAAUGAUGCUUAUUUUUAGAUGCCUGUGGAGAUUGUGCACAAAGGUAUAGGUGGCAGCUAGCUCCUAGAUCUGUUUUCAUUAGAAUCCAGUGUGAGCAGCAGCAUUUGCAUCUAAAGCAGAUGCGGAGUAUGUUCCAGUGUAAGCACUGACAAGGGAGAUGAGGCCAAGUCAAAAUUCUGUAUACAAGCACACUUCAUCUCGCGGGAGAUGAAAUCCUGCAGCCAAUCAGAAUUGCAGAGUUUAUGGAGGACAUGGACUUGGCCUGUGAUAGGAAGACUAGAUUUUAGCUGUGAGGUUGUAUCCAGAUCCAGGGUUUCGGUUCAAAAGUCAUCUCUGCUUUACAGGAUUGACACCAGGCAUAUGCUCUAAAUGAAUAUGGUAUUUAGUAUCUCUGAAGAGGAGCUGAAGUGACAUGAGCCAAAAUCCCAGCAGUAGCAGCAUUUUGGAGAUAUAAUUGAAGCCAAGGGUCUCUGUCAUCUAUUAGCAGGUUAUAGUUUAUUAGGGCCUACAUAAUUUAAGAAAAUGUAAAUUAAAAUUAAAAGCUUGUAAAAUUAUGUACAUCUUUACUACUUCUCAAUAAAUACACUUGGAAAUGUCAUUUUCUGCACUA